AUGGACAGGACCACCCAUGGUGACAGGGUGGUCCACAGUCAGUACGAGAUAUGGAGAAAGUUCUCUGAACACGAGAGAAACCACAGGCACAGAAGAGGCGCAAAGGAGCGCCACAAGAAACUGGCAUGGGAAGUAAAGAAGAGAGUAACUGGAGGUAAUAAGAUGUCAGCAAAUGCCCUUACUUCACCUUUAACGUGGUGGGAACCGAUGCCCAAGCCUUUGGCGCUCGCCUCCACCGAUUUCCCUUUCGAUAUAUCCAAACACCUGGACUUUGACACCCGGAGCACGGCCCCAGAUAACCCGUGGGACGCAACGCCUAUGACCCCACCAUACCCUGAAGAUGAGGAAAACGAAUAUUUCCCUAACCCCUUCUACCCGGUCACGAGCGAGACUUACACAGCCUACGCCAUCACGUGUUUCUCUGCACUCAUUUUUGUGAUAGGGAUCAUUGGAAAUGUUGCAGUCAUGUGCAUUGUGUGCCAUAACUAUUACAUGAGGAGCAUCUCCAACGCCCUUUUAGCUAACCUGGCUGUUUGGGAUCUGGCCGUGUUGUUGCUGUGCAUGCCCCUUGUGGUGUUCCACGAGCUGACUAAAACCUAUCUACUGGGCCACUUCACCUGUAAAGUUAUCCCCUACAUUGAGGUAGCCUCACUUGGUGUGACCACCUUCACCAUUUGUGCCCUGUGCAUCGAUCGAUUCCGUGCCGCCACCAAUGUGCAAAUGUAUUAUGAGACAAUUGAGACUUGCGCAUCUGCUGCUGCUAAGCUUGCCGUGAUCUGGGUCGGUGCAUUACUUUUGGCGUUGCCCGAACUCCUGAUCCGGCAGCUGCUGAAGGAUUCAGACACAGAGGAAACAGAGCGGUGUCUGGAACGCAUCUCCAUAUCACUGCCUGAGACUCUUUAUGCACUGGGCCUGGCGUAUGAGAGUGCUAGGCUCUGGUGGUGCUUUGGGUGCUAUUUCUGCCUGCCUGCUCUGUUUACCAUUGGCAGCUCAUUAGCAACAGCACGCCGCAUGCGCCGGGCCGAACGUGGAUGCCCACGUGCCAACAAGAAGCAGAUGCGCCUGGAGAGCCGCAUGAACUGUGUUGUGGUGGCACUGGCUGUGGUCUACGCUGCCUGCGCAGUGCCCGACAAUGUCGCAAACAUGGUGGCAGCCUACAUAGGGCACCUGGACAUGGUGGGUGUACUGCGCACACUUGGUCAGCUCUUACUCUUUCUUCGCACUGCGAUAACACCCGUGUUGCUGCUUUGCCUAUGCCCACCGUUUGGUCAUGCUUUCCUAGAGUGCUGUUGCUGUUGCACAACUAUGUGUGGUGCGGCGGCCUCCUCAGCAGUGGGCAGUGACGAUAACGAGCAUGAAUGUACCACCGAGCUGGAGCUGUCUCCAUUUAGCACCAUCCGUAGGGAGAUGUCCAACUACACUGCGACAGGGUCCCACUCCUGAGCCACUGGUGCCAGUGUACAGUAUGUGUCAGUGCCAACAAUACUACACAGUGUACUGCAGAAACACAUACUUUCUCACUUCUGUAAAUACUCUGACCACUGUCUUUUUUUGUAUUAUUAUUUGUAUUAGUAUAUGUUUUUAAAAACUAGUGACUCUUUACAUAUUUUUUGCACUGCCAACUGCUUUAGCUUUGUUUAUAUGUCUCUGCAUCUUACUGCUAGUAAUAUUCCUAUGAUAUCUGUAUAUGGCAAUAUGUUCCAUGCCUUGACCUUUCUUUUAAUGAAGGUGAUUGUGUAAAUCUGUCUUGAAUUGCGUGAAGCAGUACACUUGAACACCUGAAGAAAAUCCCUAGUGUGUGUGUGUGUAUGAUAGCAGAAAAGAAAAGUAGAUAUCAACACUAUGCUCAGUGUGCUUAAUGGUUUCUAAGUCCAUUUUUAUAUAACCAAAAAUUCUCUUUAAUAAACUCAAGUGUUUGCUGGGAAGUGGCAUAUCGUUUGAAAUUCUUUGCUGGAAAUUGGUAUAUUAAAAUGCAAACAUGGCCUCUUUUUUUUCAUUCAGUACAUUGUUUGUCAGCAAAAUAGAUGUUACAAGUGGUCUGUCUAGUGAUUUAUUUUCCCCACAACAUGCUAUUGAACGAAAAGAAGAAGAAAAAAAAACCUUACGAAGAUAUUAACCAUGCUUUGUUGUCUUUGUUGUCUUUAUGUUACAAAACACAGAUACCACAGAUCUGUCACUGCUGUUCAUGUGUUUAUCUGUAUAAUCGUAUUAGCUGUCAGACUGAACAGAUCC